GUGUGUGUGUGUGUGUGUGUGUGUGUGUGUGUGUGUGUGUGUGUGUGUGUGUGUGUGUGUGUGUGUGUGUGUGUGUGUGUGUGUGUGUGUGUGUGUGUGUGUGUGUGUGUGUGUGUGUGUGUGUGUGUGUGUGUGUGGGCCCAAGCUGCGCUCUCCCUCCGGCUGCUUCCUCAUGACAUCACAUGGUUGCAGAAUGACUUCUCAAGCUUUCAUCUGUGAGCCAAGACUUCCUAAACACAGAGCGCGCUCGGACCGCUGCUCUGUCGAUGCCGACCGCGGGAAGAGGAUUUAGUGUCUAUGCGUACGUCGUUUUAGAAAGGUGAGACUUUUUCAUUCUGUUGCUGGAGGAGCCUGCAAACAGUUCUGAGUUUAUGUAAAAGCCAACAAAAAGUUAUCACGCAAUCUCACCAUCUUCCUGCCUCUUGUCGUCAUGACGACCGUACAAGCCCCAGAGCAUUGGAUACAGAGCCAGUAAGGAGGCCCUAAUGUCUGAUUUCACCCCUCACCCAAACUGAAAUACAUGCCGCUUACACCCCCAGCUGCUUAAGUGUAAGCCUUAAAAAAAAAGAAAAAGAGUCCCAGACAUGGAGCAGGAGGAGGGCGGCCAUGUGAAUGGACUGAGCCUAGGGAGGAGGGGCUCAAAGUGGGGUCGAAUCGCCCUGCUGGACAAGACCAAGGAGUUCUUCAGGACCUGCGAUGUGGAGGGCAACGGCUUCAUUACCCGCACCGACAUGAGGAGACUCCACAGAGAGCUGCCGCUGUCUGCAGAGGAGCUGGAGGAUGUGUUUGACUCUCUGGAUAAAGACCACGCUGGUUACCUCACCCUGGAGGCAUUUUCCUCUGGAUUCAGUCAGUUUCUGCAUGGCCGGAGGAUUUCUGUGACUGACGACCAAAACCAGGCCCCAGGCUCUGUCUUUAGGGCCAAAGAGGCGUUUUAUCAGAGCCAAUGGGAAGCCAAGCUGUCAGGAGUGGAAGACGAGGAAGAGAGGCACUUCUGUAUGCUGCUGGAAAGCCUGGGGGCCAUUAAUGUGUUCGAAGAUCCAGGCGAGGUGCGAAGUCUUUGGGCUCAGCUCCGGCGAGAUGAGCCUCACCUCCUGUCCAAUUUUGAAGAGUUCCUGGCCAGGGUCACCCACCAGAUCAAAGACGCCCAUCAGGAGAAGAAGGAGAUGGAGAGCGCCCUCCAAAGGAGGGCUGCAACACAUGACAGCGAGAUCAGGAAUUUAUACGAAGAGAUGGAAGCGCAGAUCAAGAAUGAGAAAGAGAGGCUGCUUCUAAAGGACUCUGAGCGUCUACAGUUUCGCAGUCAGGAACUGGAGGUCCAGCUGUCGUCAAAGGAGAAAGAGCUGGAAUAUCUUUUCCAGAAGCAGAAGAGAUUAGAGCUCCAGUGUCGGGAUCUGAACAGUGAGAAGCAGGAGAGCCACGUGGAGAACGUCAAGCUGAAGAUGACCAACGAUGAGCUGUCCCGUGCGCUGGAGGGCACCAGCCAGGAGCUGACGCUGGCACAGGAGCAGCUGGCCAUGCUGCAGGAGCAGGCUGCCCGGCUGCAGCAGGAGAAAGAGAUGGAAAUGUACAGAAUAACAGAGGGGCUGCAGAGAGAGAAGCAAAGUCUCAUGAAGCAGCUUGAUCUCCUCAGAGAGAUGAACAAGCAUUUAAAAGAUGAGCGAGACAUAUGCUGCGGAGUACCUCGGAGCUCCCUCAGAAAGAAGCAGAAGCAGAGAGCAGGCCUCGCCGACAUGUUUGAUGACACCAGCCAGCUGCUGAGGAGAGCCCCACUCUUGGUGGAUGGGUCCUACCAGUCUCUGGAGGCCUUGCCUAUAGAGCACCUUCAAAUCGUGUUUGUUGCUUCCUCCUCCAGCAGUGAGGACGACACAACCGCCAUCGCCCAGUCCUACGCUAGCACUGUUAGCGCUCCUGUGUGCCAGCAGCGGCCUGCGGCGAAGAAGAACUCUGGUUUAACCAACGGCCACUCCAACCAUGCUCCGAGCAAGGCCAACGAUGUGAGAGCAAAGGCUAAAAAAUCUCCCAUCAAGGUGACCGCCGCGAAGAGGACGACGGGGAAAGGCAGGGAGAGAGCCAAAAGGACAGAUGUUGAGAAGAAGGCGGGCGUAGAAGAGGAGGUUUUGGACUCCCCUCCGGACGGGUGGCCCCUACGACGAGUCAUCUCCAUCGAGGAGGACCACCUGCCCCACCUGCUCCUCGGAGGGCCUCAGCCUUUGCUGCACCAGCUCAGCGAGGAGGACGACGAAGUGGACGAGAGGGGAGGGGAAGAGGAAGCUCAGAGUGACUUUGAAACGAGCGUCGCCGUCACGGCAGACGCCGCUGGCAACCUGUCCUCGAGUCCCGCCUUGCCCCCCGUGCCGGUAGAGAACUCUCCAGCGAGGAAACACAGCUUCAACCGGGCGAAAAGGACGCCCAUGUCUCCAAGAGGACAGCCAGUCGGGAAGGAAACCCAGCAAAAGGUAAAAGAAGGAGCUCUGUUUGUCCCAGACCGCCUCUUUAAAGUGGUUCUGGUUGGAAACUCAAGUGUAGGCAAGACGUCCCUGCUCCGCUCCUUCUGUGAGGGCCGUUUCCAAUCUACCACAACUGCUACUGUGGGUAUCGACUACAGUGUAAAGACACUAACCCUGGACAAUAUGCAGGUGGCCAUCCAGCUGUGGGACACAGCGGGUCAAGAGAGGUUCCGCAGCAUAACCAAGCAGUUCUUCCGCAAGGCAGACGGUGUCGUGUUGAUGUAUGACAUCACUGUGGAGGACAGCUUCUGGGCUGUGCAGCCAUGGCUGAACAAUGUCCAGGAAGCAGCAGGAGAAGGCGUCCCUAUCCUCCUUUUGGGCAACAAAAUGGACAUGGAUGGCCAGAGGCAGGUUUCUUUCAGAGUAGCUGAGCAGCUGGCUUAUGAAAACAGGGUGAUCUUCUUUGAGGUCAGUGCCUACACGGGCAAGAAUGUGACUGAGUCGCUGACGCACCUGGCCAGAGUGUUAAUUCAGCAGGAAGACCGGGUGAGAGAGAAAACAGUCAUCCUCAGUAACCAGCCCAUCAAGAAGAAAGCCUGCUGCAAGUAAAGUGCUGCUCUGUUCUAGAGUGCGGACAUUAUAUUUGUGGUAUUUAAAGACGGAAAAAGAAAGCAUUCUAGGACCAUAUCGUGGAGUGAAAUUGUGAAGUCUUCAUUUUAUCCGGAGAGUCGACACAUUUGAAAUGAGGGAGUGUUGCCCGCAAGAACGUGAAACCAUCUGUCGAGCUUAAACGACGAGGCUCAAGAGAAGGAGCUCGUCUGCAACAUUUCUUGUAAAUAAAAUCCCAGUAGUGCUGUUUAUAAGAUUUGGAAUACAAAUAUAUCCUGUAUUAUAAUUUAUUUCAAUGACAAACUUAACCCGAGACAAUAAUCAUUAAUAUACCGUAGUUUGUUUUUUCAUAACUGAAUAAUAGCUUUCUAGUUUUAAUUUUCAGAAUGUAUUGGGUGUAGAAAAUUCAAAUUAAUUAAAUGAACUAAACUA